AUGCAGCGGAUGCAAACGGCGCCAGCCCUGCCGCAAGCGGUUCUCAAUCCAGCGUUUCCCCACCGUCCUGACCUCAAACGCUUCUCCGGCGAGCGAUCGCGUUCCAAACUCACCACCUUCAUAAACUACCCCAUCGAACGCCUCGACCUCACUGAAUACGCUUCACAUUGCUCCUCCGAGACAAACGCGCACUAUCGCCUCUACGGUGUGUCCAAUCACAGCGGCAGCGUGUUUGGUGGCCACUAUACGGCGUGUUGCCUUCAUCCGAAGCUCAACUCGUGGUUCGAGUACAACGAUACCAGGGUGCGACCGAUUCAGACGAGGGAAGCGGUGUCGUCGGAGGCCUACGUUCUCUUCUACCAGCGAAUAGACGGGCGAUCGGCUUGA